AUGUGGGGGCCGGAGGAGCCAGCGGCAAUGUUCUGCAAGACGCUGACCGCCAGCGACACGUCCACGCAUGGCGGCCUCUCCGUGCCGCGCAAGGCCGCCGACACCUGCCUGCCGCACCUGGACAUGACUCAGGACAUUCCCUCGCAGAAGCUCAGAGCCGUUGAUAUCUACGGCAGCAGCUGGAUCUUCCGCCACGUGUACCGGGGCUCCCCCAAGCGCCACCUGCUUACAACGGGGUGGAGCGCGUUUGUCUCCAGCCGAGGGCUGGUGGCCGGGGAUAGGGUCUUGUUUACGAGGGGUCGCGACGGCAGCCUCAAGGUCAGCAUCAGGCGGAAGAGUGUGCCACCUGUCGCCGCGCCAAUGGCCUAUGGGAUGCUGGCGGGCGGCAUGGGCGGCAGCAGCAUGGGGCGGGGAGCACCGGCGGGGACGGGAGGGCUGGACGUGGAGGGCACUCUGCGCGCGGCCACCAUGGGCUAUGAGCAGCGCUGCCCCUUCACUGUCGUGUACCACCCGCGGUUGCCCGGCUGUGCGCCCUUCCUCAUCCCGCUCUCCGCCUUCUGCCUCGCUCUCCUGCACAAGCAGCACCUCUCCCCCGGGGCUGAAUUCCGCUCGCCCUUUGAGGCCGACGACUUCACCAUGAGGAGGCUGCGGGGCGUCGUGGCAGCGGUGGGGAGCAACUCCUCCGUGUGGCCCCUCUCACAGUGGCGCUCCGUCAAGGUGUCAUGGUCCGACUCUGACCCCACGCUGUUCAAGCCCUCCUUCAUCUCCCCGUGGGACAUCUCCCCCCCCCCUGAAGUGCCGCCCUCCUCCUCCCUCCCCAUCCCCUCCUCCCUCCACACAUCCGCCUCCACUACCGAGCUCGCCCCCUUCUCCUCCCACCACCACCACACUCCGCACUUCCCUUCCUCCUCCCUCCCUUCCCCCUCCUCCCAGACCUUCCGCUCCCCUCCUCCCUUCCGCAGCAACCAGGCUUCCGACGAGUGUGACGGGCCUGAUCGCUGCACGCGUAGCCACACUCACUCCCACACACACUCGCACUCCCACGCGCACGAGCAUGCACACAGACAAGGACUGACCCAGUCCCACGUACACAUGCACGACAACCCCACCAGCAGCCCACCUUUCAGCAGCGACCUACUCACCCCUACGUCUAGAAGCAUCCCAGGCCCAGCCUCCUCCCCCUGGCCCUCCGCUUUCCCCUCCCAGCCCCUUCUCCCCUUUCCCACCGCACAUACACGCCCUCCCCAAAGUAUGCCCCCCUCCUUUUGCCCUUCUCUGCAACACACGGCUGCAGCCGCUGCUGCCGCCGCUGCUGCUGGUAGGGGUGCUGGUUCAGCAGUCAGGCCGGUCAAUGAGUGCAUGCCACGUGGAGCCUCCUCACAGGCCGACUGGCUAGCUCUUGGGCGGCAGGGAGGAGGAAAAUCUCAGGAGAGGGGAGAGGGGGGAGCGGAGAUGGGAGAGGGGGGAGAGGAGAGGCAGGUGGAGGGGCGGAGGGAGAAGAGAGCACUGAACGCCGUGUAUGAUGAUGCACUCAAAAUAGCUGCUUCUGCUGCUGCUGCUCCUCUUCCUGCUUCUGCUGCUGCUGCCGCUGGUCCACCUACUCCACUCUUUUCCCCCGCAGUUGAUGCUGCUGGCAGGGCGGGGCGGGACUGCAAGGGCACAUCGGCAGCGCAUGGGGAAGCGCCUGGAGGAGGGGAGGGUCGCCAAGGCGCAGAAUCUCCUGCCAGGAAGCCGUCCAAUGAAAGCUCACCAGAUGGCAGGAAGCCAUCCAAUGAAAGCUCACCAUAUUGCAGGAAGCUGUCCUGUGAGGGCUCGCCAGAUGGCAGGAAGCCAUCCAAUGAGAGCUCGCCAGCUGUCAGGACGCCAUGCAAGGAGAGCUCGCCAGGUGGCAGCCAGCGAUCACGAUCGUCGUCACAGCGCGAGCACCAGCACAGGCACAACCACCCGCAGCAGCGCCAGCUGGAGCAAGGAGAGGAAAGACACGGCAACUCAAAGAAGAUGAGAGUGAAGGUGUUCAAGGAGGGCACCCUCAUCGCGCGCACCGUCUACCUCUCGCUCUUCUCCGACUUCCCCGCCCUCUCUGCCCACAUCGCCGCCAUGUUUGGCCCUGCUCUCAAGGCAGGCCGGGGAGGGGCGGGCCAGGGGCACGACAUGGUAGCUGAUGGAAGCCCCGGGAAGGCUGGCACUGCCGGUGCUUCUGCUGCCGGUGCUGCUGCUGCUGGUGCUGGUCCUGCAGGUGCUGUUGCUGCCGGUGCUGCUGCUACCGGUGCUGGUCAACGGGAAGGUGCUGAUGCUUCUGCUGCUGCUGGUGCUGCGUCUGGUGAUGCUGCUGGUGCUGCUGCUGCUAUUGAUGCUGCUGGUGCUGGUUCUGCUGCUGGUGCUGCUGCUGGUGCUUGUUCUGCUGCUGGUGCUGCUGCUGCUGGUGGUUCUGCUGGCGGUUCUGCUGGUGGUUCUGCUGCUGGUGCAAGUGAUGCAGGUGAUGCCACCGAUCUGCUGGCGGGGUGGCGCUUGGUGUAUGAAGACAUCGAUGGGGACACGCUGCUUGUGGGCGAUGGAACAUGGAGCGACUUCUGCAAGCAUGCAAGGGUCCUCCGACUCGUCCAAGAUGAAUAAAUGUGUGUUCCAACAGGGGGUUUGUUGCAUCUCAUCCUCAUGUGCCAAACAGUGCCCAGCCCUGAUGUGUGCACAUGCUGUAAAUAAUG